CGUAAAGUGGCUUUCAUAUGUGGUGGGUGAAGUCGGGACAUGUUGAUUAUCUCUUCAGAACUUGAAAAGAUUGUUCAUCUCCUGCAAAUGGCCACUUUCUUUGGAUCUCCACCAUUUCUCUCACACCCACUUACAAGAAUUCAUCACCUCACCUUGGCUUCUUCACAGUCACCGGCGCCGGCAUCUCCGCCACCAUCUUCACAACCUCAGUCUCCAUCUCCAUCUCCUUCCUUACGUACAGAGUCAUUGCCAGAGCAGCAAUCGCCAGCUUCAGCUAAAGUAGAACAACAGAAACCCAUAAAACCAGUGACCACCACUACCAAGGUUGACUCGACGGACUGGAUAGCUUCCAACUUGACCAGGCGGUUUGGACUCGGAGCUGGCGUUGCAUGGGUUGGCUUCCUCGCCAUUGGGGUAAUCUCUGAACAGAUUAAAACCCGCCGAGAAGUCUCCCAACAAGAAGCUAACACAAGGGAUGUGGAGAAGGAAGAAGAGGUGGUUUUGCCUAAUGGCAUCAGGUACUCUGAGAUGAGAGUAGGGGGUGGUGCUUCUCCAAGACCAGGAGACUUGGUUGUGAUUGAUCUUAAGGGAGCAGUAGAAGGCACUGGGGAAGUGUUUGUUGACACUUUUGGCAGAGAUAAGAAGCCAUUGGCACUGGUUAUGGGUUCAAGGCCAUAUACUAGGGGGAUGUGUGAAGGGAUAGAAUAUGCCUUAAGGUCUAUGAAGGCAGGAGGGAAAAGGAGAGUGGUAAUCCCUCCUAGCUUGGGUUUUGGGGAGAAUGGAGCUGAUUUAGGGGGUUUGCAAGUACCUCCAUCUGCAACUGUUGAAUACAUUGUUGAGGUGGAAAAAGUUUCAAUUGCACCAGCGUAAUUAGCUUGGUUUAGAGAGAUUAUAGUGUGUAUGAGCAUUGUUGGAUUUUUUUUUUUUUUUUUUUGAAAUCAUGGUCACAAGAUUGAAUCAGUUCCAAUGGAAUAUAUCAAAACCAUGGAACAAGAAGAUAUCCAUUUGGGUUGUAGUCCAGUGUUAUCCAAUCCUAAUCAAAAUGUUACACAUUUGAUAUUGCAUUUAUAA